GAAAACGAAGUCCAGUGGAGUCGACUCCAAGUCAAACUGGACCCGGACCUGACACGAUCCACUUGCAGCCACGCGAAAGCACAUUGCAAGUAGUUUGUCGUCUCAUGCGAAUUUCCCACGGGAGAACCGGAGACGAAAGAUUUUUUGUUGGUGUGGGUUUUCCCCUCGCUUCCUUCUCUCUUCUUCUCUUUGGCCAUGUCCUACUUGCUCUCGAAGAUCCGUGGCUUCGAUGCCCUAGCGAGGGAGAUUUGCGUCUAGGGUUUCAUCCGGUCGGGAAGGAGGAUGGCGAUGGAGAACGGAGGAGAGAGGGAUCCGGAGAUCGGACCGGCGAACACCAGCCCUGGCCGGAGCCCCAGCUCGCCGCUCCCGCCGUCGUCGCCGCGGGCGGCGUGCUCCCCGGCUUUGGUCUUCUCCAACUCCGAGAAGGGGAUGGACCAGGGGUCGCCGCCGUCGCCCUUGGCGUCGCCCGCUGCCCCGGUUCUCGUGCUUUCCAAUUCCGGGAAGCGGAUGGAGCCGGCGUCGCCGUCUCUGGUGCUCUCAAACUCGGGGAAAAAGAUGGAACAGGCCGGGAAAAAGAAGUAUGUGAAGCAGGUGACCGGGCGCCACAACGACACCGAGCUCCACUUGGCAGCACAGCGAGGGGACCUGGCGGCCGUGAGGCAGAUCCUCAGCCAGAUCGAUGAGCUGAUGAUAGGGACGGCCGUCGGGGCGGAAUUCGAUGUGGGGGUGGCGGAGAUGCGCUCGGCGGUGGUAAAUGAUAUCAACGACGUGGACGAGACGGCUUUGUUUAUAGCUGCGGUGAAGGGGUUUCUUGAUGUGGUCAUCGAGCUGCUUAAGUACACUGAUCGGGAGAGUCUUGUGAGGAAGAACAGGUCAGGUUAUGAUGCUCUUCAUAUCGCUGUAAGAGAAGGGCACCUAGCUAUUGUCCAGGUACUUUUGGACCAUGACCCAACCCUUUGCAGAACAUUUGGCCCUUCAAAUGCAACUCCCCUUAUAUCUGCGGCAACAAGAGGUCAUACUGAAAUAGUGAAUCUGUUGCUAGCACAUGAUGCUAGCUUAAUUGAGCUGUCAAAAACCAAUGGGAAAAAUGCCCUGCACUUUGCUGCCCGGCAAGGGCAUGUUGAAAUUGUAAAAGCAUUGCUAGAAAAGGAUCCACAGCUUGCCAGAAGGACUGAUAGGAAGGGGCAAACUGCUUUGCAGAUGGCAGUGAAGGGAACAAGUACCGCAGUUGUCCAAGCCCUUGUAGAUGCUGAUCCAGCUAUCGUGAUGCUACCAGAUAGAGCUGGGAACACAGCAUUGCAUGUUGCUACAAGAAAGAAGAGGGCAGAGAUAGUUGAUGUUCUGUUACUUCUCCCUGACACCCAUGUAAAUGCCCUGACGAGAGACCACAAAACAGCUUUUGACAUAGCGGAAGGCCUACCUCUCUCUGAAGAGUCUGCUGAAAUCAAGGAGCGCUUAUCUCGCUAUGGUGCUGUCAGGGCCAACGAUUUAAAUCAGCCUCGAGAUGAGCUGCGGAAGACUGUAACUGAGAUCAAGAAAGAUGUUCACACACAGCUAGAGCAGACCAGAAAAACCAGCAAGAACGUCCAUGGGAUUGCCAAGGAGCUCAUGAAACUCCAUAGGGCAGGCAUUAACAAUGCGACCAACUCCGUGACGGUGGUCGCCGUGCUCUUUGCCACGGUGGCAUUUGCUGCCAUCUUCACAGUGCCUGGUGGAACUGGAGACGAAGAUGGAGUGGCAAUAGUUGUCGACGAUCCAUCGUUCAAAGUAUUUUUCAUUUUCAAUGCUAUUGCCCUUUUCACAUCCUUGGCUGUGGUGGUGGUGCAGAUAACGCUUGUUAGGGGAGAAACAAAAGCAGAGAGACGGGUCGUGGGGGUGAUUAACAAGUUGAUGUGGCUGGCCUCUGUGUGCACUACUGUUGCAUUCAUCGCCUCCUCAUACAUUGUGCUGGGUCGGCAUGUCCGGUGGGCGGCUAUCCUGGUUACACUAAUUGGUGGGGUGAUAAUGGCUGGAGUUCUGGGGACCAUGACUUACUACGUAGUGAAGUCGAAGCGCACCCGAUCUAUCAGGAGAAGAGAGAAAUCAUCAAGGAGGAGUGGCUCAAACUCAUGGCAUCAUAAUUCUGAUUUUUCUGGAUCUGAGGUUGAUCGAAUUUAUGCUAUUGUUCAUCUUACUAUGAGAUGGGAUCUAUUGGUGGUUUCAGCUGAGGUUGCAGGGUUGGAUGAUGUGGAAAUCCGAUUUCCGGGAGGGAUUUUUCGGAUGGAAUCGCCCGGUAAGGCGGGAUUGCCUGGAAAGAUGGAAAUCAUGGAAUCGCCGGUCCGGCAGCAGAGCUUCCGCCGGAAGAAGAUGACGAAGCAGCUAACCGGGAAACGGGACGACACUCCACUGCAUUCAGCUGCAAGGGCAGGGAAUUUAGCUGUGGUGAAGGAGAUCAUUUCAGGAGCCGAUGAGCAGGAGUUGGCGGAGUUGCUGACCAAGCAGAAUCAGGCAGGGGAAACUGCUCUCUUUGUUGCUGCCGAGUAUGGGUUUGUCGAUGUGGUGAAUGAAAUGAUCAAGUACCAUGAUGUUCUCACAGCUGGAAUAAAGGCUAAGAAUGGUUAUGAUGCUCUGCAUGUAGCCGCCAAGCAAGGGGAUGUAGAUGUCAUGAAGGAGCUUUUGAUGGCUCUUCCAGAACUCUCCAUGACUGUGGACUUAUCAAACACCACGGCAUUACACACUGCUGCAACACAGGGCCAUAUCGAGGUGGUGAAUCUCCUAUUGGAAGCUGAUGGGAGUCUGGCACUAAUUGCAAGGAGCAAUGGUAAAACUGCUCUACAUUCUGCUGCAAGGAAUGGGCACUUGGAAGUUGUGAAAGCUCUUGUAAACAGAGAGUCCGGAAUUGCAACCAGAAUUGAUAAGAAAGGACAGACUGCACUUCACAUGGCAGUCAAGGGAACAAGCUUAGACCUAGUUGAGGAGCUUCUCAAGUGUGAACCCACUCUGGUCAACCUGGUGGACUCAAAGGGCAACACAGCCCUUCAUAUAGCAGCUAGGAAGGGUCGUAUUCAGAUUGUAAAGAGGCUUCUUGAGCUCAAGGAAAUCGAUAUCAAAGCUAUCAAUAAAUCAGGAGAGUCAGCACUUGACACUGCUGAGAAGAUGGGAAAUUCAGAUGUUGCCUGCAUAUUAGUCGCACAUGGUGUCCAAAGUGCGAGGACCAUCGGACCCCCAAAUCCUGCCCGUGAACUAAAGCAACAAGUAAGUGACAUAAAACAUGAGGUCCACUCGCAGCUUGAACACACCCGCCAGACCAGGAGACGUGUGCAGGGGAUUGCGAAGAGGCUGAACAAGCUACAUGCAGAGGGCCUAAACAAUGCAAUCAAUUCCAACACUAUUGUCGCUGUCCUCAUUGCCACUGUAGCAUUUGCAGCCAUCUUCACGGUUCCCGGCCAGUCUGUAGAUCCUGAAAACCUUGCCCCUGGGCUCACUUUAGGGGAAGCCAACAUCUCACACCAAACACCUUUCAUAAUCUUUUUCGUCUUCGACUCCGUGGCCCUCUUCAUAUCUUUAGCUGUCGUGGUGGUACAAACUUCUAUAGUGGUUAUAGAGAGCAAAGCAAAGAAACAAAUGAUGGCAAUCAUCAACAAGCUAAUGUGGCUCGCCUGUGUGCUUAUUAGUGCUGCAUUCCUUGCACUUUCUUUCAUUGUAGUGGGAAACCAUGAGAAGUGGUUGGCUAUUGGAGUGACAAUUAUAGGCUCUACCAUAUUAGCCACAACAUUGGGCACCAUGCUCUAUUGGGUGAUUGCCCAUCGCAUCGAAUCUAAGAAGCUGAGAAACAUCAGACGGUCAUCACUUAGUAGGUCGCGGUCAUUUUCUGUCUCCGGCAUGUCAGAUGGGGAAUUGCUCAACAAUGAGUACAAGAAAAUGUAUGCAAUUUGAGAGCGAGAAGAUCAGGGUUUUUUUUCAACCCUGCAAUGGCUGUCUGGUGGAUCUCUUAUACCACAAUGUAUAUCAACCAUGUAAUUGUUUUAAGUUCCUCCCCUGGCAGCAGUGCUUGCUUGGUCUGGAAGUACAAGUCUGGGAAAGAAUGUUAAACGAGUUGACAUGUUGUUGGGAGUGCACAGGUGAGGAAGUAACCUAUAUAUGCGGGGCUGAGUUGGUGGACAUGAUGAGAAUUGAAAAGUCCUUUGUAUACCUACAUAAUAUUACAACUACUUAGCUCUCUCUUUUGAUGCUUGGAUAAGGCCAAAAUUUUCUGACA